AUGCGAGUUCUGGACACUGUCGAAAUCGCCUCCCAGGGCCGGCUCAAGUUCGAAUUCAACCGUCAGAUAUGCGGCGGAUGCAGUAUCGACAAGCACGGGACGCCUAUUACGGAUGAGGUGGUGAGGAUUGUAAAGGAAGAGAGCGAUGCCGUGUUGUUUAGGAGUGCGGGAGGACCUGAUGCUUCUAUCGCCAAGGGCACGAAUUGCAUCGUCCUGCGCGAGAACUGCAGCGGUACCUCCUUCGGUACCAAGGUCGAAGAAGCCGACUUUGCCAGUGACUCGUGGGCGUAUCGACGGGACGAAGUCGAACUAAGCAAGAAUCAGAUGAGUGAAGAUGUUGAACGACUCGUUGCGCAGGUGACCCAUGAAUAG